AAAACCUCAUCUACUUCCUUUCAUUCCCUCCACUCAUUCCUUUCAUGCCAAUAGAGAUUAGAGAAUCCAAACACAACACACACAACACAUUAACAUUAGAACAAGAUAAGACAUCACAAAACUAAAAAAACAACUCAUAAUAUAACCAACCAAAUCCACACAGACCAUCCUCUCUUUCUCUGCUGUAAACUCUGCAGAGCCUCAUCAUUGCAACAAUGUCUUGCUCCAAUAUCACCAUGUUGGUCUCAUCCAAACCUUCAUUACCUGAUGCCUCUAACCUCUCUUUCCGUUCUGCUCUCAACCCUUUUCAGCUUCCUUCACAAAACUCAUCAUCUUCUUGCACUCCUUCAAGACCAACUCAAAUUCAGUGUGGUCUAAGAGAACUCAGAAACCGUAUUGAUUCUGUCAAAAACACUCAGAAAAUCACUGAAGCAAUGAAGCUUGUGGCUGCUGCAAAAGUCAGAAGAGCUCAAGAAGCUGUUGUUAAUGGCAGACCUUUCUCACAGACACUAGUUGAAGUCCUUUACAGCAUCAAUGAACAGCUUCAAACCGACGAUAUCGAAGCUCCUCUAACUAAGCUUAGACCAGUGAAAAAAGUUGCUCUUGUUGUUUGCACUGGUGAUAGAGGUCUCUGUGGUGGAUUCAACAAUGCAAUAUUGAAAAAAGCUGAAAAAAGGAUUGCUGAGUUGAAAGGUCUUGGACUUGAUUACACUAUUAUCAGUGUUGGUAGAAAGGGUAACUCUUAUUUCCUUCGUAGACCUUAUAUACCUGUUGAUAGGUUUCUUGAAGGUGGAAACCUUCCUACUGCUAAAGAAGCACAAACUAUUGCGGAUGAUGUUUUCUCACUCUUUGUUAGUGAAGAAGUUGACAAAGUUGAACUUUUGUACACUAAAUUUGUGUCAUUAGUGAAAUCAGAGCCUAUAAUCCAUACUUUGCUUCCACUGUCACCAAAAGGUGAAAUCUGUGAUAUUAAUGGAAACUGUGUUGAUGCUGCCGAGGAUGAGCUUUUCAGGUUAACAACAAAAGAAGGAAAGUUAACUGUUGAAAGAGAUGCUGUUAGGUCUAAGACGAUUGAUUUUUCGCCGAUUUUGCAGUUUGAGCAGGAUCCUGUUCAGAUUCUUGAUGCACUUUUGCCACUUUAUUUGAACAGUCAAAUCUUGAGGGCUUUGCAGGAAUCACUUGCUAGUGAAUUAGCUGCUAGAAUGACUGCUAUGAGUAGUGCUUGUGAUAAUGCUAUUGAGUUGAAGAAGAAUUUAUCAAGGGUUUAUAAUAGACAGCGUCAAGCUAAGAUCACUGGUGAAAUCCUGGAAAUUGUUGCUGGUGCUGAUGCCUUGGUAUAGAGUGUAUUUAUAUGUUAUAUUCUCUCAUCCAUGGUUGGAUUCCUUUGUAGGUAUAAUGGAUAUUGCCCUUUUCAUUCUAUAUAUAAUAUGCUUAUGCUUGUAUAAGACUGUUAUGCUAUGCAUGCAAUUGUUACAAUUUUAUUGUCUUUUCCUAAUAUGCAAACUUUGUGCACUAGGAAAACUGCAAUUUAAUUUGAAGUGGACUCACUCUUUGUUCAGUUUUUUUCCAUUCUGAGUUAUAUAUAAAUGUAAUAACAUAUCUGUAUAAAUAAUAUUCAGAAAGUUCUGUGUUAA